GGCUGGACAUCAGCGCCCUCAUCCCGCGGAGUCCGUCAGGGCCCUACUCAGAUUUUUGGGUGGAGAAAAUGGUCCUCUGGAGGGGUCCCGGGUUGGGAGACUUAUUCGAGCAUUGACUCUUGCUCACCCAUCAGGGUAAAGAGACACCUGUGCCCAAGUGAGCUGGGAAGGGCAGUCCCUGCAGGAGAACCGGAAGGUGGGGACCACUGGCUGUAUACUGAAGGCUGGGGACCUGAAUAUGGGUCCUAGGGUCUGUUGGUGCCGGGGAAUGUGAGAGCAGGGCAGAGGCAAAUCUGGCAAACUAAGCUGGAUUCCGAUUACCAAUUUUUAGGCCUGCAGGUUAGAGGACAGCUAUCUGGGGCCUGCAGGCCCCCUUGUGUCCCCCCAUUUCCUUCCCUCUGGCUGCCCAUUUGUGUCUGACCUCGACCAGCCAUUGCUGCGCCUCAUUCCUUGUCCUUGUUGACUGUCCGAUAUACCAGAAGGCCUCCUGCAAUGAACACUGGCCGUCUUGCUGCUAACCAUCCCUCCCACACCCUUCUUCAACAACUACUUUAAGCCCCCACUGCCUGCCAGUUUCUAGGGUGCGAAUGGGCAUUGGUUCUCAACAACCAUGAUGGGAGCUCAACAUCCGAACCAUCAGCCUGUUUCCAGACUUGCACCUGAACCCAUGGGGACCUUCCUUCAAGUCCAGCCAUUGGGCCAAAAGAAAGGAAACUAUGACUCAGAUGGGACCCAGGUGAGCCCGGGUGCCCACUGCCUCAGUCCUCCUGGCACAGGCUGCCCCACGCCCCGUGCAGACACGCCAAGCCCUCAGCUCCAGCCCAUGGACCUGCGAGUGGGCCAGCGGCCCGCAGUGGAGCCCCAGCCAGAGCCCACACUGCUGGCCUUGCAGCAUCCUCAGCGCCUUCAUCGCCACCUCUUCCUAGCAGGCCUGCAGCAACAGCAGCAACAGCAGCAGCAACAGCAGCAGCAGCAGCAGCGCACAGCCGAGCCCAUGAGGGUAAAGACGGAGCUCCCUGCACAUGCCUUCCCUCCCUCUCUCCCUGCAGCCUCCUCCACCCCAGUCUCAGGCCUCCACUCCUGCUUCUUCUUGGGCUGCUGGCCCCACCCACAGCUCUCAAUGGACCCACCGAUGAUGCCCGAAUUGCAGGGGGCACAGCAGGAGCAAGAGUUGCGGCAGCUUCUCAAUAAGGACAAGAGCAAGCGAAGUGCUGUAGCCAGCAGCGUGGUCAAGCAGAAAUUGGCAGAAGUGAUCCUGAAGAAACAGCAAGCAGCUCUGGAGAGAACAGUCCAUCCCAACAGCCCCAGCAUUCCCUACAGAACCCUUGAACCAUUGGAUACAGAAGGAGCUGCCCGCUCCAUGCUCAGCAGCUUUUUGCCUCCUGUUCCCAGCCUGCCCAGUGACCCCCCAGAACACUUCCCCCUGCGUAAAACAGUCUCUGAGCCCAACCUGAAACUACGCUACAAACCUAAGAAGUCCCUGGAGCGGAGGAAGAACCCACUGCUUAGAAAAGAGAGUGCGCCACCCAGUCUCCGGCGACGGCCGGCAGAGACCUUCGGAGACUCCUCCCCUAGUAGUAGCAGCACGCCUGCGUCAGGGUGCAGCUCCCCCAAUGACAGCGAGCAUGGCCCCAACCCUGUCCUGGGCUCGGAGGCGCUCUUGGGCCAGAGGCUGCGGCUGCAGGAGACUUCUCUGGCCCCGUUCGCCUUGCCGACAGUGUCCUUGCUGCCCACAAUCACGUUGGGGCUGCCCGCCCCUGCCAGGGGUGAUGGUGACCGCAGGACCCAUCCAGCUCUGGGCCCUCGUCCAGUCCUGGGGAGCCCCCAUGCUCCCCUCUUCCUGCCCCAUGGUCUGGAGCCGGAGGCUGGGGGCACCUUGCCUUCUCGCCUGCAGCCCAUUCUCCUUCUGGAUCCCUCAGUCUCUCACACCCCUCUGCUGACUGGUGAGUCCUACGGCUUCUCCUGGGAAGGGGCUGGAUCUUGCACCCUGCCAAGGGCCACGCUUGAGGAGGGAAUCCAUCCUUCCAGACUUAGUCCUGUGCGUCUCCCUGCCAAGCCCCUGCCCCCACCAUGCCCUUGCUUCCUUCCCUGGCUCCCCAUGGUUCCCUCCUUAUGCCCCACCCCAUUCUUUCCAGUGCCGGGGCUUGGGCCCUUGCCCUUCCACUUAGCCCAGUCCCUACUGACCACCGAGCGGCUCUCUGGGUCAGGCCUCCAUUGGCCUCUGAGCUGGACCCGCUCAGAGCCCCUGCCCCCCAGUGCCACUGCUUCCCCACUGCUGGGCCCCCUGCAGACCCGCCCGGAGCGGCUCAAACCUCACAUCCAGCUGAUCAAGCCAGCCAUCUCACCUCCCCAGAGGCCAGCCAAGAUGAGUGAGAAGCCCCGACUGCAACAGAUACCCUCAGCUGAGGACCUAGAGACCGAUGGCCGGGGAGUAGGGCAGGUGGUGGAUGAUGUCCUGGAACACAGGGAAUCAAGCCAUGGGCAGCCUGAAGCCAGAGGCCCCGUUUCUCUUCCACAGCACCAGCAGAUGUUGCUCUGGGAACAGCAGCGGCUGGCUGGGCGGCUUUCCCGGGGAAGCAUCGGGGACUCUGUGCUGCUUCCUCUGGCCCAGGGCAGACACCGGCCCUUGUCCAGGACUCAGUCUUCCCCAGCUGCACCUGCCUCUCUACCGACCCCAGAGCCCACCUGCCAGGCCCGAGUCCUCACCAAUCCAGAGGCACCCCCCAGGACCCUGCCCUUCACCACAGGGCUGGUCUAUGACUCAGUCAUGCUGAAGCAUCAGUGCUCCUGUGGAGACAACAGCAGGCACCCAGAGCACGCUGGCCGCAUCCAGAGCAUCUGGUCCCGGCUACAGGAGCGAGGCCUCCGGAGCCAGUGUGAGUGUCUCCGGGGCCGGAAGGCCUCCUUGGAGGAACUGCAGUCAGUCCACUCUGAGCGACAUGUGCUCCUCUAUGGCACCAACCCACUCAGCCGCCUCAAACUGGACAAUGGGAAGCUGGAAGGGCUCCUGGCACAGCGGAUGUUUGUGAUGCUGCCCUGUGGUGGGGUUGGGGUGGAUACUGACACCAUCUGGAACGAGCUGCAUUCCUCCAAUGCAGCCCGCUGGGCCUCUGGCAGCGUCACUGACCUCGCCUUCAAAGUGGCUUCCCGUGAGCUAAAGAAUGGUUUUGCUGUGGUGCGGCCCCCAGGACACCAUGCAGAUCAUUCCACAGCUAUGGGCUUCUGCUUCUUCAACUCAGUGGCUAUAGCCUGCCGGCAGCUGCAACAACAGGGCAAGGCCAGCAAGAUUCUCAUUGUAGACUGGGAUGUUCACCAUGGCAAUGGCACCCAGAAAACCUUCUAUCAGGAUCCCAGUGUACUCUACAUCUCCUUGCAUCGACACGAUGACGGCAACUUCUUCCCAGGCAGUGGGGCUGUAGAAGAGGUGGGGGCUGGCAGUGGUGAGGGCUUCAAUGUCAACGUGGCCUGGGCUGGAGGCCUGGAACCCCCCAUAGGGGAUCCUGAGUACCUGGCUGCCUUCAGGAUAGUCGUGAUGCCCAUCGCCCGUGAGUUCUCUCCAGACCUGGUCCUGGUGUCUGCUGGGUUUGAUGCUGCUGAGGGUCACCCAGCUCCACUGGGUGGCUAUCAUGUUUCUGCCAAAUGUUUUGGGUACAUGACGCAGCAACUGAUGAACCUGGCAGGAGGUGCAGUGGUGCUGGCCUUGGAGGGUGGCCAUGACCUCACAGCCAUCUGUGAUGCCUCUGAGGCCUGUGUGGCUGCUCUUCUAGGCAACAAGGUGGAUCCCCUUUCAGAAGAAGGCUGGAAACAGAAACCCAACCUUAAUGCAAUCCGCUCUCUGGAAGCCGUGAUCCGGGUGCACAGUAAAUAUUGGGGCUGCAUGCAGCGCCUGGCCUCCUGUCCAGACUCCUGGGUGCCCAGAGUGCCAGGGGCCGAUGCAGAAGAAGUAGAAGCUGUGACUGCGCUGGCUUCCCUCUCUGUGGGCCUCCUCACGGAGGAGAGGCCCUCAGAACAGCUGGUGGAAGAGGAAGAACCUAUGAAUCUCUAAGACUUUGGAACACAUUCGCUCACCCAUUCUACCCUUCGGACAUGGCUCUCCUAACUUCUGCCACCAGCCCUAUUCCUGGGUCUUCUUAGAUCCUGUGCACAGAUUGUUGGGGUCAGAACAGCCUGCCUUGACAGUUACUGCAUGGGCGCUUGAGAAGGCCCGAGGCUUGAG